UUUGCUGUUGGUUGGGCGCAGGAGAUAAAUACAAACUUUACCGGUCAGCUUACCCUUCCUAAUCCUAAGGAUUGUGCAAACAGGAUCAGACAUGCCGACUUCAACGGACACAAUUACUUCUUCAGCUGGGAGUACGAACUAACUAAAGAUCUUAAGGUAGACUGGUUGACUGGAAGAAAUAUAUGUAGAAGACACUGCAUGGACCUGGUUUCUAUUGAAACAAGAGAGGAAAAUGAGUUUGUAAAAACAAGAAUGAUCAACGGUCUAAUUAGAUUUUUUUGGACUUCCGGAAGGAAGUGCAAUUUUGAAGGAUGUGAAAGAGAAGACCUUCAGCCUGUGAUUGAAAAUGGAUGGUUUUGGGCUGGAUCCGGAGUAAGGUUGGGAAGUAAGGACGGACGAGUAACUGGAGACUGGAGCAAGACUGGGGGUGCUGGGGAUCCUCAACCUGAUAACAGAGAAUUCAAGGUUGAAGGGAAGCAUGAUGAAGCUUGUAUUGGAGUUCUAAAUAACUUCUACGCAGACGGAGCGGUUUGGCAUGAUAUUGCUUGCUAUCACAAGAAGUGGUUUAUUUGCGAGGAUUCUGAUACACUGAUGGACUUUGCUAAACAGGCCAGUCCAGCUUUAGCUCCCAGGAUCUAAAUAACAAGGAGGAGAAGGAGGAGAAGGAGGAGAAGGAGGAGAAGGAGGAGAAGAAGGAGAAGGAGGAGAAGAAGGAGAAGG